CGCCACGCCAACGGGGCCGCGCGCCACCUGCCUGCUCGUGGCCCUGCGCCCCGUCAACAUCGAGCACGAGCGCGAGGCCUUCUUCCAGUCGGGGUUUCAGUACGAGCCCCAGUUCGAGUACGCCGAGCCCCAGCCCACCAGCGUGCUGGAGAAGUACUGCGAGGGCUCGGGACAGUUCCUGUCACAGGCUGUGCGAAUCAUGCAGUGCGUCCUCCAGAAGUAUGGAUCCUAUGAGAGUUUUGAGGUGGCCACCGGGGGCAGCAUUCUUCCCAAGAGCCGUGUCUGGUCAGCGGUGCGCAAAUACCUGCAGAAGGAGGGUUGUGUGGGCGAGGUGGUGGUGCGCCUGUCCGAGGAACUGCUGUCCCAGGCGGUGAUGAUGGUGGAGAGCUGCCGGCCGACCCUCACCAUCAACCUGGCGGGGGCGCGGCAGCACUGGCUGGAGGGCAUGCUGCGCCACGAGAUCGGGACACACUACAUCCGGGGGGUGAACAACAGCCAGCAGCCCUGGCACAGCGCGGCCGGGCGCAAGCAGUUCGGCCUGAAGCCGGCCAACCCCACGGAGGAGGGUCUGGCCAGCCUGCACAGCGUGCUGUUCCGCCGCCACCCCUUCCUGUGGCGUGCCGCGCUCCUCUACUUCACCGUCUACCACGCCGGCCACAUGAGCUUCAGCCAGCUCUUCGGCCACAUCAGCCAGUUCGUCCACGACCCCGCCGUGCGCUGGGAGUACUGCGUGAGGGCCAAGAGGGGCCAGACGGACACCUCUCGCCCGGGGUGUUUCAGUAAGGAUCAAGUGUACCUGGAUGGCAUUCUGAGGAUCCUGCGGCAUCGGAGGACUAUUGACUUCAAAAUGUUGGUGUCUCUGGGCAAGGUGUCCUACGAGGAUGUGGAGCACUUAAGGAAGUUUGCGGUCCUGGGGAAGACUCGGAUCCCGCACUUCAUGGAGGACCAGGAGCGCUACCUUCAGCAGCUGGACCACAUCGUCUCCGUCAACGAGCUGAGCGACGAGGAGCUGUGCCAGCUCCUACCCUAGUGCGCCCGCGCCGCCGCUCGGAACAGGACAGCCACCGCCAGCUGGCCCCUCUCAGUUGGGUCUAAUUCUUACGAUAAAAAACCCGACUGAAACCAAACGUGAUCUUUGCCAAAGUAAUCAUACCUUCCCCACUGGGAGGACAUUUGUCUCGUUUUAAGCUGAAUACCGAGUCUUAUCUUUUUAUGUCUGCAUUUGUGCAGUUUUCAAUGGAGCUGUCCGCAAAAGACGAAGUCUUGAUCUGCCUUUCCUCACCCAGCAGAUUUAUUCUGUGGAAUCCUUAAUGGCACAGGAAAGGCUAGGAAACCAGAAUCGUGUGGGUCAGCAUGAAAGGCUCAUCUUUUGGGGUGGUCCUGUAUAAUUACCUUGGCAACUCUUCUAGCUUUAUUUCAACUGUUUUUAAAUCCUAAAACAAAUAACAGUGGGUUUUUUUUCGGUGGCAGCGUGGCACUGACCUCAGAACAAGGGACUUUCUGCCUUAACCCUUUGAUGCUGAAAGAGAGAGGAAGCAUAUCCGGUUGGCAUAUCUGCUUCCUGGAGGUGAAGGCUCAGUGUGUUUUUGCUUCCAUGGUCCCGUUGAACAAAAACCACUGCUACCCCUCCUGGAACUAAAUCCAGGGGACUUCUAAGUGGAAAUCGUUAUUCAGUGGCUCCUAGCGUGGUUGCUACUGACUUGACAUCCUUCAGAACCUCUGAGUUCAGAGAGAAGGGACCUUCUGUAUGGUCCAUGUUAAUUAAGUAAUUAAAAGCUCAGCAUCCUCACACUUUGCAUUUGUACAGUACCUCAGACCUUUCGAUUGAAAUAAAUACCUCUCAUUGUUUGGCUACAGUAAGUAUACUGUGCAUUUUUAGUGUGCCUAGAGUGACACUAGUCCCGUAUUUUGUCUCGAUGAGCAAUAUUCAGAGAUAGCACAUCCCUGAGGUGUUUAUUUACAAAACUUGUUUUUUGGUACAAUGAGCAUUGUGGAAAAAGACAGUCCUGUUACAGCAGCUGCGGAAUGCUGGGAUGGACAAUUCGGACGGUCUCAGCUGACUUCAGUGCUAGAGCACUUAAGUGUCCCCAGCUGCACUGGUAUAAAUUGACACUUUGUUAAAGCUGCUGCUAGAUUGGGUUGAUAUUCGGCACCGAACAGUGUUGAUAUGUUCAGAAAACAAAACCUCAUAUGAGUAUUCCACCUCUUUAACCCUGAAGUUUUGAGGAGUUUGGCACACUAGUGAAUUUCCUUGAGGAAGAUGUUUUACAGUUUUAAGAAGUAUAGAAGCAGAUGAUAACUGUAAGUAGUUUGUCAUUCUGUUUCAUUGCAGCUUGCUGCAGCUGCAGUAUUUCUCAUGUUUAUUGCCAAAGGAAUAGUGAAAAUGGUUAUGAGUCUUAAAUUUUGCAAAGUCACACUUCCUGUGAUAGCUUGGAAUGCUCUCCACAAGCAUUCCACAGACAGGAUCUGCCCCUAUAGUACCCCCAUCCCUGUAUGAAGAUUCCUCUAAUAUUCUUUCAAAAGCUGCAGUAUAUUUCACAGGCUGAAGAUAUCAUGAUCCGCUCAAACAGUGUACAGAUUAGUGGUGUCUUGAUUUUGAAACAAAGACUAUAUCGAAAGCAAAAAGAUAGUUGUGGAUGUGUGAUAACGGGGCUCUCGGUAAAGUUGGAAUAAAUUAAGUCAACAGAACAAAAUGAGAAUAACGUGGGGGGGUUGGUAGAGUGGUUUGGCAGUCCUCUUCGUGAUGCAGAGUUGGUACCAUAGGAGGUCCACUUUUUAUGUCUUAAUGGGGGGUGGGAAGAGGGGCACACAAUAGGUGUUGUGUGCUCCUCUUAUGAGCCUUGAUAUAUUAAAAUGAACCAUCUUGACGAGAAUUGCCCAGGAGCACGUCUUGGUCCUGUACACAGCCUGACAUAGAUGCUGGUGAUGCCAGAGAUGCUGUGAAGAAACUGGCUGAAUCCAUUCUGUCAGAGGGUCCCUAUUUUAAUACAUCAGUUAGUGCCUCUGUAGUAAUGUCUUAUUAGGGAGUCCUUGUGGUUUCAGCUUGCAUGUUUUCGUGGCACAAUAGCUAGCCUUGAAGUAUACCUUAUUAAAAAUUUGCUCAACACUCCUGGGCUGGCAGGUUGCUACUGUGAGCCAUUUCCUCGAACGUACAUGUUCUGUGCAAAGUCCCUGUGCUUCCUCCUUGUCUUUUUUUCAGAAAUUUUUCUGGGAUGGGAAUAAUUCAGCAGAAUAAAUAUAUAGACCCAGGCCUGGUCAUGGAGAGCCACAGUCCCCUCUGGCAGUGGUCAAAAAUAAAUGUAUAUAUUACAUUUGUAAUUUAUAGCUUUACUUUGGUGGCAGUUUAGUAAAAGAAGGGGAACCCUUUUGGUUCUUUUUAGCUAAAAAAGAUCAAGGCAUUUUGCACAAGAAAGAAAAAAAAAAGCAGAAACAAUCAAUUUGGGGAAAGCAUUUAAAAUUUCCAAAGGUUAGCAAUCAAAGCAUGAUUCUCUGUCCGGGGUCAUGCUGGGAGAUAAAGGCUCCUUUGACAAAUAGGAGCAACUAUGAUGCCGAGCCUGCUGGGGGAAGAGUUACCGAGAUUUCGGCGAAUGAGAAAUCCGGGAAUAGGCUCUAUGUGAGCUUGUGACAAGUAUUUAAAAUUUGAAAAACUGUACCGAUGUGAGUCUGUUGAGACUGACCUAGCGAUUGACACCUUUCUUGUACUUUUUUGCACGACUGUUACACAUGUAAUUUUCUUUUCUUUAUAUUUAUUAUAAAGUCACUCUAAUCCC